CUUGGUUGGCCGGAGUGGAGAGGAAAAGUUUGGAAGGCGGAAGUGGGUCUGAGAUCGGGCUGGGCAUGGAGGCGGACGGGAGGCCGGAGCAGGAGGAGGAGGGAGAGGGAGGCCGGCCGGGCGGGCUGGGCGCGGAUCCGGAGCGGGCCUUGGCUAAGAGCGCCUUCCAGCUGACGGCCGAGGAUGUCUACGACCUGGCCUACGUGCUGGGGCGGGAGCUGCACCAGCUGAGCGCCGAGCCCCGCGCCCAGGUGCCCGCCCGGGUGGCCCAGCUCCAGUUCAAGGUGGUCGGCGUGCUGGAGAUGCUGGAGGCGCUGGUGGAGGACAACAACCUGGCCCUGGAGGCCCUCCGCCUCGAGAGAGACAGCCUCCGGAGGCAGCUGGACGAGAGCCGCGCCCACAGCCAGGGACAGGGCCCCCAACAGGUGAACCUUGGGCCCGACAAGAUGGUCAUAGACCUUACGGACGCUAACCGGCCCCGCUUCACCCUUCAGGAGCUGCGGGAGGUGCUCCAGGAGCGCAACCAGCUAAAGGCCCAGUUGCUGGUGGCGCAGGAAGAGCUCCAGUGCUACAAGAGUGGCUUCAUCUCACAGAAGCAGGACUGGGUUGAGCCGACAGAAGCUUCUGGGCCCAGCAAAGGAAGGGAAGAGAAAGCCAUCAUCCGGCGCCUGUUCAAUUUUUAAAGGCCUCGAGGAGGUUCCUCCUGUUUUUCCGUUCAGAGGCUCAGGCCGCAGAGACCAAGCAGCAAUGCCGCGAUGCCGAGAACUGCAAUUUUCAACGACGUUUGUCUGUCUCGUCGUCUGCAGCCCCUGGAAGCGCCAGCAUCUCUUGUGUCAAAGUUAUAAUGCAAAGUUAGCACCUUUUCUACUUUUGAUCUCCUUAUUGGCAUAAACCAGCACUGGGGAAUUAGUAGCCGUACAGAUUAGUUGGACUACAAGUCCCAUCACCCCCCCACUCUUGCCUUAAGGAAUGCCGUAGAUUCUUGUUUUGAGAGGAACUGCCGAGGAAAAUAGUGCUAUUUGUGGGUAGUACAGAGUGACGGUGCUUGAGGAGGGAUUGAACUAGCAGAUAUGCACUUGGGGACCAACAUUGAAUGAGAAUUUUGUCAUAUUUUUUUUUAAUGGAAGGGGUUUUGAGAGCGACACUGUUGAACAUGAGCUCAGUGGCUUCCCAGUGUAAAGAACAGCACUACCUCUCUCUCAUCUCUGUUACAAACAUCCUACUGGAAAAUGCUUCUGUGUUUACUAAGAGCCGAAAUAAAUUUCUUACUUUGUUCUUAGAA